AUGACUGAGCGAAAACGCAUGCCGCGUCUUAUUGUCAUCCGCCACGGUGUAACUGAAUGGUCCAAGACGGGACAGCACACCGGGCGCACGGAUUUGCCUCUCCUGGAUGAAGGGGUUCACGAGGCGAUAGAGUUUGGCGAUCGCCUGGUGGGCUACUCUGAUCAAGCAGUGCUGUGCCUUCCUGAAAUUGGAUACAUUCUUCGAAGUCCACGCACGCGAUGCGUACAGACGUUGGAAUGUAUGCUUGGGACAGAGGAGCAACGUAAGAUGAUGGGGAUGCCGAAUGUUCAAGUGCUUGAUGACUGUCGCGAAUGGGACUAUGGACAGUACGAGGGUCAGACCACAGAAUGCAUUCGCAAGAGCAGGCCAGGAUGGAAUGUAUUCGAACAUGGUACACCAUCGCAUGAGACAAAUCCAGACUUGCCUGGAGAGUCGCCAGAACAGAUCAGUGAGCGAGCGGAUCGUGUUGUCAAGCUCAUUCGGGAAUGGCAUCAGACUACAAAAAAAGACGUUGUAGUUUUCACGCACGGUCAUUUCAGCAACGUGCUUAUCGGUCGCUUUCUUCGCUUGCCUCUGUCCAUGUCCAAGGUCCUGGUCAUGAGUGCAACAGGAACAGCUAUUCUAUCCUACACGCAUCACACGUUCGACGAACCUGUUCUUAUAGGACUUUUGUCGCCAGGAUUCGAUAUGCAAACAGGUUCUUCUCCAGUUUCUACCAAGAGUCAUGAAGAGUAUCAAUACUUGGAACUCGUGUCAUCGAUUAUUCGACAUGGUGAAAUACGUAAGGAUCGCACUGGCACAGGUACCAUUGCUAACUUUGCUCCGCCUAAGACGCUCAAGUUUAAUUUGACUGGUGGAAAGCUGCCACUUCUCACUACUAAGCGCGUUUUUUUCCGUGGUGUGCUUGAGGAAUUGCUGUGGUUUAUCUCAGGAAGCACGGAUGCCAAGCGACUCAGUGAUCGUGAUGUGCAUAUUUGGGAUGGAAACGGAUCACUUGAGUUUUUGCAUAAGCGCGGACUGACAGAUCGUCGCGAAGGUGACCUCGGUCCCGUGUACGGUUUCCAAUGGCGUCACUUUGGUGCCAAGUAUGUCAAUGCUGACACCGACUAUACAGGACAAGGCGUUGAUCAACUGGCUAACAUUAUUCACCAAAUCCGUCACAAUCCGACCGACAGGCGUAUCUUGCUAAGCGCUUGGAACCCAGCAGAUUUGGACAAAAUGGCACUCCCCCCGUGCCAUAUCCUCUGUCAAUUCUUUGUGUCAUUGCCCACAGAAGAGCAAAAAGGACGAGGACAGCGGCCCCGUUUGUCGUGCCAAAUGUAUCAGCGAUCUUGUGACCUCGGACUUGGUGUACCUUUCAAUAUUGCUAGCUACAGUUUACUGACACAUUUCAUCGCAGCCGUGACGGACUGCGAAGCUGCAGAAUUCUCAUUGGUAAUGGGUGAUGCUCAUGUAUACUUGGAUCAUGUGGAACCAUUACGGCAUCAGCUCAAUCGUGAGCCUCGAGACUUUCCUACGAUACGAUUUCGACGGACAUUUGACUGCAUUGACGAUAUCCGCCCUGAAGAUGUGGAACUGCAAGCCUACUCUCCACACGGUAAGAUAGAAAUGCGCAUGAGUGUAUAA